AUGUUGAAAAAUCAGUUCGGGAAAAUUAAGAAGUCGUUCGAGAAAUCAUUGAACAUUCCACGCCACAAACAAUUACGUGACGACAUUUUUGAUCAGUUAAGGUGUCGCAUUUCAUUAGAGGCAAUGGAGUUCAUACAUGAUCAGCUAGAAACCGCUUUAGAAGUAUCUCCCCACAUUGUUGGCUAUUGCAACUGUACGAUCAAAAUCACACACGGAUUGCCAUGCAUGCACAAUCUUACAUAUUAUCGUUCCAUUUCCACUCCAAUUCCGCUAUGGAGUAUCCACGCUCAUUGGACUAGGUUGUCUAUGCACGCAACCGAGUUUAAUGAGGAGGGAGCACGACCUAACAUGACAUCUCAGGUCGUUGAGAUAUUAGAUGGGAUGGAUCCACCUAUGCGAGAGCAUAUCAUAGACAUGAUUAUCGAUAUGGCUGAUCCAUCUCGUAGCACAGUUCGACCUCCAUCGUACAACAAACAUAGAGGUCGACCUAUAGGUAGAGAUGAGCAGAGUACACGUCGCAUCCCUUCUUUCUUAGAAGCAUCCACUUCAGGAUCAAAGACUGCAACAUCGCGACGUUAUAUUUCCCACACUGUUGACGUGCUUGGUGAUGGUCAUUGUGGAUUAAGGGCGAUAGCUGCACUAAUCGGGUAUAGUGAAAAUGAUUGGAGUCGAUUCAAGCCUACAGCACCAAAGGAUCAUUGGAUGGAAGCCAUGACUUUGGGAGUUGUCAUCGCAACAAGGUACAACCAUGUACUGCAUACAUUUGAUGAGGAUGUUUGCGGUUGUUUUACUCAUUUGCCAUUGAGAUCCCCUCCAGUUCCAGUCGAAUACCGCCGAGAAAUUGUUGUUGCCCGUGUUAACAACAAUCACUUUGUGCAAAUUUUCUUAGAACCUCAUUACCCCGUACCACCCAUCCCAACAUGGUGGGAGGAGAAUUCAUCGGACGAAGCUAAAGGAUGGGCUGCCAGUUAUGGAACACGUUUGCUAUUGUGGUAUGAAGUAAUGGGUAUAAGCACGCCGAGAGCAACAUUUGGAGGAGAUAUUGAUUAA